AUGGCACCAAACGAAUUGUUCCAGUAUUCCAUCGUCACGGCGUUGAUGGACGGCGUGGCGGAUAGUGGCCUUCCUCUAUCAGACCUCCUCCCCCGCGGAGAUUUCGGCCUCGGCACGUUUCGACACAUGGUUGGCGAAAUGAUUGUUCUUGAUGGCAUCAUUUAUCAGAUGAAGGCCGAUGGCUCGGUGACCUCGUUCAGCCGUGACCAGCUAAACAAGGCCGUGACGCCUUUCGCCAUGGUUACGCAUUUCCGCCCCACGUUGGUGACAAAGGUGACGGUGAAGAGCAAGGAGGACUUUGGGAAGAUGCUUACCGACCUUAUGCCACAAGCCAAAAACAUUUACUCGUCUAUAAGGCUGGAAGGCAAAUUCAAGGCUGUCGUGGUCCGAACAGUGGGUGGCCAGCAGCACCCCGGCGAGAAACUUUCCAAGUUGGCAGAAUCUCAAGUGGCACAUACAUUUAAGGACGUCCAAGGGUCGAUUGUAGGAUUUCGUUCUCCUUCAUAUAUGCAGGGCAUCAGCGUUGCCGGAGACCAUCUACACUUUAUUUCUGCCGAUAGACGCCAAGGUGGACAUCUUCUCGAACUGCAGACGGAUGGCGAAGCAGAACUUGCAAUUGCUGCUAUUCGGAUCAUACACACAGAGUUGCCCGCUGGUGACGACUUUAUCCAGGCUACAUUGCAGACGGAUAGUGAAGGCAUAACAAAAGCGGAGAGUUAA